AUGGACAGUCGAGACAAUCCAGCUAUCCGCCUCAAAGUGCACCGCCGAGCCAAUAUUAUCAAGGUCAACCACCCAGCUCAGGGCAUCUUCCACCCGGCUAUUCCGCUCAGGCCUAUAGAGGAAGUAGCUCGUCAUAUCGUGCAUCCGCCGCCUCUUCCAAUGCAAAUACCCUCCGAAGAGCAGAUGUCUCUCGAUACCGAUGAAGAGGAUAACCCUUUUCGGCCGUCGAAAGACCUUCAGGUGGAGGAUCAAGGGGCAGCAGGUGAUCUAGAACGCCCUGAACCUCCUCCUAAACGUCAGCCGGCCAGCACCACUUCACAACCAAAGGAAUCUGGGAAAUUCAGCUUUGCAUUCAAAACAAAACCUACCCCUUCUCAAGCUCCAAAACCGAUACCUGACCUAACGCAUAAAAUGCGUGAACCUCCUCGGCCUUUGGAACUCCCAAAAACAAAGCCCCAGUCUGUGACCUCUAAAUUGAAACACGAAACCCGCUCUGAUCGUCGGGAUGACCGUCGAGACCCCCGUCGUGCAGAGCGUCGGUUUGACGCUUGGGAUGAAAGGCGGCGGGAACGACGAGACGACCGACGAGAGUCUCGGCCUGAAAAACGAAAAGACCGUACGACUGAGCGGUCAAAGCCUAAGAAGAAGAUACUCACUCGUAUGAAGCCCAGGCCAACUCUUUCUGAAGAGUUUUCCCGUGCAGACUCUGUAUAUUACCGCAAACCUGGAAACGAGUCUGUGGUGGGAGCUGGUACUUACGGCAAAGUUUUCAAGGCCGUACAUGUUUUUACAAAGAACAUGGUUGCCUUGAAACGAAUACGCAUGGAGGGAGAGAAGGAUGGAUUUCCUAUAACUGCUGUUCGGGAAAUAAGGCUUCUCCAACAUCUGCAUCAUCAGAAUGUGGUAAGCCUACAGGAGGUAAUGGUGGAAAAAAACGAGUGCUUUAUGGUGUUCGAAUAUCUUUCCCACGACCUUACUGGUCUCAUCAACCACCCUACCUUCGUACUUUCAGCGGCACACAAGAAACAUCUUGCGAAACAAAUGUUUGAAGGAUUAAACUACCUACACCACCGCGGAGUACUUCAUCGAGAUAUCAAGGCAGCCAACAUUCUCAUCAGCAAUCAAGGCCAACUCAAAUUUGCAGAUUUUGGACUUGCUAGGUUCUUUUCUAAGUCACGGCAACUCGACUAUACCAACCGAGUUAUCACAAUAUGGUAUAGGCCUCCAGAGCUCCUCCUCGGAGAGACUCGAUACGGCCCUGCGGUCGACAUAUGGAGUGCUGCGUGCGUUUGCAUGGAAAUGUUUACCAAGAAGGCCAUUUUCCCUGGAGAUGGCAGUGAGCUCAAUCAAAUAGACAAACUUUACAACUCUCUUGGAACCCCUACAAGAGCCGACUGGCCAGAUAUUAUUGACAUGCCCUGGUUUGAACUCAUGCGGCCGGCUGAGAGAAAGAAGAGGGCGUUUGAGGAUUUAUAUCGGGAUUGUUUAUCUCCCGCAGCCCUUGACCUUGUUGCUAGCAUAUUUCAGUAUGAUGCUAGUAAGCGGCCGUCUGCAGAGGAAAUUCUUGCCCACCCUUACUUUGUGUCCGAGGAGCCCAGGCCACAGCAAGCUAUGGAACUCGCAGACGUAGAAGGCGAUUGGCAUGAGUUCGAAUCCAAAGCUCACCGGAAAGAGAAGGAUAAAGAAGCUCGCCGUGCAGAACAACGAGAAAGAGAAAAGCGGAAAAUAGCCGGCUCUACCGAACUAAGUGAGGAUAGGGAAUCCAAACGCACAAGGCUCGACGACAGUGCACCAACCUCGCAGGGUGCAGAGACAGAGAACUAA